CCCCAUUCGAUCCCCCCUCCCCCCGCCCCUGGCUACAAAAUGAACAGGUUUCGCUUUGGCGACUCCGAUGAGUCCGCGUCCGCGUCCGCCUCCGACUUCGACGACGACGACGACACCUCCGGCCUGCCAUUCCCCGAGCCCUUGUCGCGAGCCUCCUUCCUGACCCCCGACUUCGACCCCGCCGCAUACCUCUCCUCCCUCACCAACCGACACCAGAGCCUCGAGGACCUGCGCCAGGAGCUGCGCGAUCUGGACCAAUUGCUCAGCCGGGAGCUGCUCGACUUGGUCAACGAGAACUACCGGGACUUCCUCUCCCUGGGGAGCGCGCUGCAAGGCGGAGAGGAGAAGGUCGAGCAGGUGCGAGUCGGCCUGCUGGCCUUCCAGCGCGAUGUCCAGGCAAUCCGAGAUAAGGUCGAGGCCCGGCAGCAGGAGAUGGAACAACUGCUGAAGGAGAAGAGGAGCCUGAAAGCGGCGACCAACGUCGGACGGGCCCUGCUGGAUUUCGCCAACCGAGUCGAGGAGCUGGAGAAGAAGUUGAUGAUCGGAGACAACCCCCGCCAGCCCCGGGAUGGCUCGUCGGACGACGAUCCCGACUCGGAUUCCGAUCUGCUGGAGAGCGCGAGCGACGAGAGCGACGAGGAGGAGCUUCCCAAUGGCGCGUCGUCCACCGCCUCGCUGGUCUCCCUCAAGACACUCGAUCAUCAUAUCCGGAAAUAUGUCUACUUGACCAGACUGUCGGCGCGGAUCGGAGAUGACCACCCGUUCCUACAGGGCCAACAGCCGAGAAUGUCGAAGAUCCGGUCGGCGGUGCUCCUGGACCUCAAAACCGCGCUGGAGCAAGCGAGCCAUGCGGGCGAGAAGCGCGACACGAAAACGCUGGCCGUAUUACGUCUCUACAAGCUCAUGGGCGAGCAUACCACGGCUGUAUCCGCACUCAAGAACAUGAAAUCUUAG